AUGCACAUGUUCAUGUUCUGCCACAGCCUGUGUUUCAGCGGAUGUGCUAUAGUUCCGCCACAGCUUGUUUCGGAGACAGUGCCGAAGCUUGUGGAAUGUUUGGGAGACGAGAAAUCCGGAAUGGUAUGCAGCGAUGAUGGCACCCGAAUUAUCUUUCACCAUGAUGUGGCUAGGGGUUUCUUCACUUCCAAGUACUCUGUGAAGUACGAUUGUGUAGACAAGAAACUUAAAACAAUGGGGGUUCUUCACUUCCAAGUAUCCAUCAAAGUACGAUUGCGUGGACAAGGAACUGAAAACAAUGGUAUCUCGUAA